AUAAUUUAGAAAUUAAAUUUAUGCAUUAUUAAUUUAUAUAUCAUAUAUGGCUUCUUAAAAUUUCCAAAUAAGUAUUACCACAUAAAUUUAGCAAAUUAUUAAUUUAAGAUAUCGACCGAUAAUUUUUUUUAUUUACACGAGGUUAUUAAUCUAUCGUGGUUUCUAUAAUAGAUCUAUUUUACACGUCUGAUACAUGUCAUUAUGUGUAAAUUUACGAUAACAUUUUACCGGGAUGAAAUUCACCGGAUAUGCUAUAAGUCUAUAACAUAAAAUUACACCCACGUUGGAUAAAGGUGGGAGUGAAUAGUCAACGGGUUUGACAUUGACAAUUUCCUUCUUUCUCUCUCUAAAAUCCAAUCCAAGUUGCCUUUUGUUAUUUAAAAGGCAAAUUUUGACACGCCCUUUUCUUGCAUCAUAAACCACUUUUAUUUCCACCUCUGAUAUUAUAAAUCAAAAAGAUAAACACAACACCCAAAAAAUAGAAACAAGAAAAAAAAAAAUGAAGCUUGUUUGGUCUCCUGAAACUGCCUCUAAAGCAUAUAUCGAUACUGUCAAAUCUUGUGAAGUUUUCGAUGAAUCGAGUGUAGCGGAGCUUGUUUCGGCCAUGGCCGCCGGAUGGAACGCUCAAUUAGUGGUGGAGACAUGGUCGCGCGGCGGCGCCAUCGCCGCAAGCAUCGGCCUCUCUGUGGCAAUUCAUCAUACAGGUGGCAGGCAUAUUUGCGUGGUUCCCGAUGAGGAUUCCAGGUCGGAGUACGUUGAGGCCAUGGAUAAAUCCGGCCAAUCGCCGCCGGAGGUGGUGGUGGGGCCGCCGGAGGAAGCUAUAAAGGGGGUGGAGGAGAUCGAUUUCCUGGUGGUGGAUUGCCGGCGGAAUGAUUUCGCGAGGAUAUUGAGGGUGGCGAAAUUAGGGCACAGGGGGGCUGUUUUGAUUUGCAAGAAUGCUAGCUCGAGGGCGGCCUCCGAUUUCCGGUGGCGGAGUGUGCUCGACGGGAAGUCGAGGAUCGUACGGUCGGUGUUUUUGCCGGUGGGGAAUGGGUUGGAUAUUGCUCAUGUUGGCGCCGCUGGUGGUGGUAGUGGCUCCGCCGCCGGAAAAGGACAGAGCCGGUGGUUCAAGCAUAUUAAUCGGCAGACUGGUGAAGAGUUUGUCAUCAGGAGAUAAGGAAUUACAAUUUGAUGAAAUCUAAUUUCUAGCAGUAUAAUUAAUUUUUGUUAU